AUUUGACGAGCGGAUAGUUUGACAGUUUUUUCAAAGAGCGGAUUGCUUGCUAGCAAACCCUAGAUUAAAGUCGGGGUUAGCCCACUUUUGAAUUUGCCAGUGUGAAACGUCUGUGCAGGGUUAAGAGGCCAGUUAGCCCACAAUUAAAAUGGUUCUAGAAUGCAUUUAGCCCAGGGUUAAGUCCAGUGGGGAAAGCCCUUUAUUUGGACGUUUCGUUCGCGAGCUAUUGUUGCCGGAAGUCCGAAUAUUUUUAUUUUGUAUUUAUUUUAUUUAUUUAUUAUUUUGAAAGUCCGAACAUUCCAAUAUAAAACUAACUUUAUGGCGGUAACGUUAAAUCACGUGAGGUCAGGUAAUACUAGUCCAGUGUGAAUUGACACGACUGAAAUUCCAAACCAACAAGCACGCAGGGAUUUCUGUUAAGUGGCCCAACCCACAGCAUAAAGUCUUAAAAUUCCUCGAGUUUGCACUCAUUUUACCCCAAAGGAAGAAGUUCGCCUCAUCUUCCGCUUUACUAGCUGAGAUGAAAAAUUACAAACAGUUUCUGUUUUUACUUGUCGCGGUCGUGUCAGUCGGCUUCGUCUCAAUUGUUUUUGUUCUGCGAUGGGUACUGUAUUUUAAAGAAGGCCUGGCAUGGGACGGAGGACCGGCCGAAUUCAACUGGCACCCAGUAUUGAUUGUUACCGGAUUUGUUUUCAUACAGGGAAUCGCCAUCCUGGUGUACAGACUCCCAUGGACAUGGAAGUGCAGCAAGCUUAUGAUGAAGUUAAUUCAUGCUGGCCUGAACAUCCUGGCUUUUGUUUUUGCUGCCAUAUCUGUGGUAGCAGUGUUUGACUUCCACAAUGCUGCAGACAUUCCCAACAUGUACAGUCUGCACAGUUGGGUGGGUCUGGCUGCUGUCAUUCUUUACGGCCUACAGAUUGCUCUGGGACUGUGUGUGUACCUGGUGCCCAUCACCCCAGGGUCCCUGCGAGCAGCCUUCAUGCCAGUUCACGUCUACAGUGGUCUGUUAAUCUUUACCAGCGUUAUUGCCACUGCACUGAUGGGAAUCACAGAAAAGCUCAUUUUUGGUCUGAAAAAUCCUAAGUAUAAGGACUCCCCCCCAGAAGCAACUUUUGUAAAUGUUCUCGGAGUGUUAAUUAUGCUUUUUGGAGCUCUUGUCGUUCGGAUUGCCACAUGCCCUUCCUGGAAACGCCCGAGUGAGCAGCUUGUCAGCAGCCAACACAACAAUAAGGGAGACGCCAACAGAACCAUGGGGGGCAUGGCUCUGUCCACAUGCAGCCCCACCGACUGUUAUGACCCAGAGGCCAACUGCGAUACCCGUAAGAGGAACAGUAAACCAGAUGAUCCAGGACAGAGGUCGACCGUGUAACUUCAUAAUACAUUAAUUUCCAUGUAUUGUCAUGACAUACAUUUCUUAUCAGACCAGGAAUUAAUGUAUCUCCCAACAGCAAUUGCACACAGUUUGUUUUGUUUUUGUUUUUCCCUUUGGUAUGAUUCUGAGCUACUGUAUUUAAUCCAUGUUUUUUUUUCUCCCCGACUUUCUGGUAAACGGCUUUAAUCACCAAAGUUACAAUAAUUCAGGCACUUUCAUCAUUUAAAUGGCAUGAAAUGUGAAUGCUUUGCAAAACAACCGUAUUGGCUGAAACUGAAUAACUGAGAAGCUAUUUUAAUGAGUAGUUGCUUCUCACCGAAUUCCAAACAAAAUUGGACAAUUAUUUUUUCCUUCUCUCAGCCCUGUGUGCCACUUACAUUACCAUUACAGAACUUGGUGGAGCUGUAGAAAAUGUGUACUUACAAUUAUCAUGCAUAAAAAGUGAUUCUAGGCCUGAUUCUAGGUAAAUUAGUAACAUUCAUAUAUAUAUAUAUAUAUAUAUUGCAGCUUGUUUUAGUUUUAUCAGUACUACAGGAGCUGAAAAUUAUGAAUGCAUGCGCAGCAUAAAAUGUAUCACUGGAAAUAUUCAGUCGCAAAUUCUGAAUGGUUGCUAUUGAAUGUAAGAUUGUUUUUGAAAUGUUUGCAUUUGUUUAAAGGGCACUUUGUGUUUUUAUUGGUAUUGUUAUACAUAUACAUUUGUUGUUACAAUUUAUUUUAUCAGCAAUUGCUCUUCCCAGUAUUGAAUGGUUAAUUGCGACUCUAGGUCUGUCAACUAAUUCAUCAUUUUCCAAGGACCCUCCAAAACUCAAGCAGCCCUUGGGCUCACUCAGUCUGCCAGCUGAACUGCUGCUGCACAAGAGGACUGCAAAGUUGAUACAGGCAGCACUGCCACAGAAUUUUGUGAUUUUUGUAUUCUCCGAACAAUGAAUGGAGAAAUUUUGAACUUUGUAAUGACCUGUGUAAGUAGCAACACUACUUUAGUAUAUGCAUUGUUGUGUCUCUGAAGGGAAGCCAUUUUGCAUGGUUUUAUAAAAGGUCUAUUGAAAAUGAAAUGCAACUUUUGGCUUGGCUUAUCUUAUAAAAUUAUAGUUUUAAAGUAAGCUUACUUUAUGUUCCUGGAUGUAGGCAUUUUAAUAAAAAGCAAAUAUGAAAAUUA